AUGAUUAGCAACAUCCAAGUGGACCAGCCACGCAAGAAGUUGAUUCUUUGCUUCGACGGGACGGGAAAUAAGUUCAAGGGAAACUCUGGCGACACCAACAUCCUGAAGGUUUUCCGCAUGUUGGACCGCAGCGAAGGGAAUCAAUUCCAUUAUUAUCAACCGGGAAUAGGAACUUACAUCACCAAUGGAGGGUUGUCGCGUGUGCAUGUGGGCGCGCGUUUCAAGUCGUGGGUUAAUAAGGCCAUGGACGCCGCUGUUGGAACAUCGUUUGACCAGCAUGUCAUUGGAGGUUACAAGUUUUUGAUGCGGUUCUAUUCUCCCGGCGACGACAUCUAUAUGUUCGGAUUCUCGCGGGGCGCAUACACUGCGAGAUUUUUGGCCGAGAUGAUUGAUCACGUGGGAAUUGUGGCGCCAGGGAAUGAAGAGAUGGUCCUAUUCGCAUGGAAGACGUUUUCGAACUGGAAACAACGGAAUGAUAACUCCAAGCAUAAGGCACUUUACGAUUACAUGCGUGCAUUCCGCGAAACUUUUGCUCGGCCAGCCCGUCGAGUACGAUUCUUGGGGCUGUUCGACACCGUAAACUCGGUUCCCCGGUUCGAGCACGCAUGGUUGAAGCGCUCCUCUGGGUUUCCGUACACUGCCAGGAGCACCGCCCGAGUGAUUCGACAUGCAGUCGGCAUUGACGAGCGCAGAGCCAAGUUCCGCCAGGACCUCGUCAACAAGGUAGACCUUGAUUCGAUAGCACGACAGCGGAGCUGGAAGGAAGAGAAGAAAGGCAAAAAGAAGAAUAAGAAGAAGAAGGCCAAGUUCACUGCCAGGUCAUCGAGCUCUGUCAACAGGGCUCAGUCCCCGAACGGCGGUCCGAGAAACGGCAAUGCGAAUGGACACCCGAUAUACGGACAGCAACUACAGACUGGAUCCAACGCCAUGUUUGCAGGCGAGAGUCCGGCGGAAAGUAUGACGUCUUUCAAUCUCAUCUUGGACCAAGAGAGCGAUUCGGACGACGACGAAGAACUCGGCCAGGACGUCGAGGAAGUGUGGUUCCCGGGAGCACAUGCAGAUAUUGGUGGUGGAUGGGACUUGCCAGCAGACGAAGAGCCUCUGAGCCACGGUCCGUUAGUGUGGAUGGUGCGAGAAGCGAGAAAAGCGGGUGUUAUAUUCGACAAGGAGCGGAUGAAGGAACAUAAUUGUUGGAUCGAGGAAUACGAGGACGACGAUAGCCCAACGGAAUCGUGUGAAUCGCUAGUUCAAACCCAGCCCCAGCAUUCAUCCAACGGUGCUGCUGGAGCUCGGCGGCCCCCCGCCAUCGAAGUAACCGGCACGUCACCCACCGAAGAAUUUCCAAAAGAAUUAGACAACUAUCCUCCUCCGGAUCUUCACGCGGCAGAAGCAGAAGCCCAUCCUCUGCACCACCCACUCCGGCACUGGAUGCGACGACGCCACCGGCAGGUGGAGGCGCCGCGGUACCCGCCGAAAGAGUUUCUGGAGCGGUCGUACACACGUGGGAAGAUACACGAUUGCUUGUGCUUUGGCCAUGGCGUCGACCACAUCGGUGUGCUGGGGUGGAACAUGAUGGAGUGGCUACCCUUCCGACGGAUGGACCUGCAGCCAGAUGGCAGCUGGAAGGCGAUCAUCUGGCCGCUCCCUCGCGGAGAAGUCAGAGAUAUGCCGGAUAAUGCCAAGAUCCAUAUCAGCGCGCUCAAGCGGAUGGAGGCGAAUCCUUCUUACCGUCCGGGCAAUCUAAUAGUCGGCGGAGGCGGCCGAGGAACACGAAUUGCUUCCGCGGAACAUGGAACAGGCGACUGGGUGGUCAUCCGCGAAGAGGGAAAUCUGAUUGGCGAGGUGGUGAUCAAGCGCUCGGCUUGGGAGAAGUUGACGCGGAAGCAGAAGGAAGAGCUGCGUGGACACAGGCACAGACGGAUGAACGCCGGGGACGUGAGGGAUGUGGAGAAUCAGCUGUUCUGA